AUGCACGUAUCAGUAGAUGAGGAGCAAUUAAUUGCUAAUGCUAGUUCACCUAGAGUUCAGACUGAGAAAGCUACUAAAGAGAAAAAGAAAGCAAAGAAAGCUACACCGAAGGAAGUUUUGGAUGAUGAUACAGAGAAUGAGGAUGAUAAUACAGAUAAUGAGAAAGAAGCAAUCAAUUUGUUUCUCCUUCUGGAUCCACAGAUCCUAAAGCUUCUUGGUCUUCAUUAUUUGAUAGAAAUAAGGAAUCAGUUAUCUCAGCUGAUAUGGAAUUUUUUUUCUUAUCCUAUUAUUUAUGGUAAGAAAUCUAUGGAUAUACCUUAUGAGGUUUUUGAUGAGGAUAUUCGACAAUGUGAAGAUAAAGUAGUUGGUGAUUUUGUGGGUAGCAGAUUAAAUUUUAAUUGGGUUAAAAGGGAUGUCAAUCGAGCUUGGAAACCGAAAGCCCCAAAAUGCAGUGAUUGUGCUGUUUUUGGUCAUGCUUUUGAUGAUUUUCCAAAACAAGCUAAACCAGUUCAGAAAAUAGUACAUAAAUGGGUUCCAAAAAAGAUUGUUAUAAACAAAGAUGAGGAAGGUUGGAUUACUAAAUCAAAGAAUGGAGAUAAACCUCAUAAAGAGGUUACUGCAGCUCUAAAUAAUCCUUCACCUAUUGAUAUUGAUACUGAACCUGUAGUUACUGCUCAACCAGCUUUUAUUGCACCUCAGGAAAAUGCUUCAAGUAAUGUUAGUUCAGUCCUACAUGAAGUGGGUAUCAGAGAAGAUAAUAAUGUGAAUGUUUUGAUUUCUUCUAAUCCUGUUUCUGUCUUGGACAAGUCCUUGAAUAAUACUCAAGAGGCUCCCUCUGGAAAUAAUAAGGAAAAUUUUCAAGCAAUUUUGAAGGCAACUCAGUUGAAGAUUAAUGAACCUGAUUCUUCUAUUGCUGGGUCUAGAGCUCAUUUUAAAAAGAGGUCCAUGAUUUCUCCUCCAGCUAUUAACCUUUUUCCCAAGAUUGCAGACUUGAAGAGGUCUACUAGAGACAAUGAUAGUACUCAUAGUUCUGGUAGAAUUUGGGUUGCUUGGGACCCUAGAGUGGUCCAAGUCAGUGUGUUGAGUUCUUCUCCUCAAGCCGUUUUUCUAGAUGUGUCUUUCUCUUCUAUGAUAAAUUUUGUUGUCACCUUCAUCUAUGGGGACAAUUAUUAUAUUACUAGGAACCUUUUAUGGGAUUCUAUCACUGCUUUUGCCUCUUUCAGUCAUAGACCUUGGGUCUUAUUAGGUGAUUUUAAUUCCUUAUUGGUUCCAUCUGACAAAGUGGGUGGUGCUUAUGUCCUUCUCCAUCAUUAUCAAGACUUCUCUAAUUGUGUUCAGUUAUCCAAGAUUAUGGAUCUUCAUUUUUCUAGCUGUUUUUACACUUGGUCUAAUUGUCAACAAGAUGGUAUAAUGAUUAGAUCAAAAUUGGAUAGAGUGAUGGUUAAUGUGGAAUGGAUUCAACAGUUCCAAAUUUCUAAAGCCGAAUUCUUACUUCCAGGUAUUUCUGACCAUUCCCCAAGUAUUGUUUCAAUUUUUGAGAAAAGAAAACAUGGUCCUCCCCCUUUUAGAUUUUUUAACUUUCUUUCUGAAGAAAAAGAUUUUAUGGAAGUGGUUAAGAGAGGGUGGAACAUUGUGGUUAGAGGUAAUCCUAUGAUAAGUUUAGUCACUAAAAUGAAGAAUGUGAAGCUAGAAAUUAUUAAAUGUAAAAAUUCUAGGUUCAAAAAUAUGUCUGAACAAGUUUUACAAGAUAAAGAAAGAAUGGAUUCUACUCAAUUACUUCUUCAAUCUCAUCCUUUAGAUCAUGAGUUGGCCAGAAGGGAAAGAUCUUAUGUAGCUGAAUAUGUUAAAUUAGCAAAAUAUGAAGAAUCUGCUGCUAAACAACAAUCCAAAAUUAAAUGCAAUUUACCUGAGGAGAGUUCUAAUACUUCUUUGUGCAAUCUUAGCUUCAAUGCUUGUAUUCAGCAGGAUGAUGUUGAAAAGAAGAAGAAUCCUUCAUAUGUUUCUGAUUAUAGACCAAUAUCAUGCUGCAAUGUUACUUAUAAGUGCAUUACUAAAGUUAUCUCUCUUAUAAUGAAGAAAAUUUUGAUAGGUCUCAUCAGCCAGAAUCAAUCUGCUUUCAUCUCUGGAAUAUCUAUACAAGACAACAUCAUGGUGGCUCAUGAGUUGGUGAGGAAUUAUCACAGAUCAAAAGUUUUAAUCAAUGGGUCCCCUUAUGGGUUUUUUGGAGCAAAGAGAGAUUUAAGACAGGGCUGCCCAAUCUCUCCUUACUUAUUUGUUCUAGCCAUGGAAAUGCUUAGUGCUACACUUCUCAAACAGGUUCAGAUACAAAAGUUUGGUUUUCACCCUAGAUAUGAAUUCAACAACUAUACUGGGCUAAAAAUUAAUAAUCAGAAAACUCCUCUCUACUGUUCAGCUAUAGAUGAGCCUAUUAAGAAACAAAUUGUUCAAAUCUUAGAGUGCUCAGUUGGAGAACUGUCUGUCAGAUAUUUGGGUGUGCCUCUUCUAUCUACUAAACUCUCUUAUAAAGAUUGUCUUCCUCUGCUUGAAAGAGUUGAUGCAAGAAUUUAUUCAUGGAAGUCUAUUUUUCUGGAUUACCCUGGGAGAGCUCUUCUCAUCAAAGCAGUUUUAAGUGGCAUGUUAUUUUUCUGGUUCUCUUGCUUUGUUCUUCCUAAAAGAGUCAUUAAGGAGCUGAAUACCAAAUUUAGAAGAUUCUUAUGGGAAGGGCCUGAGUUGAAGAAAAGUUAUAAUCCUAUUAAGUGGAUCUUUGCUUGUCAUUCUUAUGAAGAAGUUGGACUAGGCAUUAAAGACCUAGAAAAUACCAAUGUGGCUGCUAAUCUCAGACAUAUAUGGGAUUUAGUUUCUGGUAAAGAAACUAUUUGGACUUCUUGGGUUAAAAGCAACCUUAUUAAAGAUAAAGAUUUCUGGACCAUGAAGAUCCCUCAAGAUACUUCUUGGUGUUGGAGAAGAAUUUUGGAUCAUAGAGAGAUAACAAAGGAACAUAUAGGAUUUCUUCUGGGAAAUGGUAUUUCCACUAGUUUCUUACAAGAGAACUGGCAUUCUAAUGGAGAUCUUAUAAACUGGGUGGCACCUCAUAUUUUGGAUACUCUUGGAGCAAAUGAUAAUUCUAAAGUGGCUGAUUUUAUAUUUCCUUAA